AUGAAUUGUAAGUGGGAUGUGGAACAACUUGCUCGUGCUUAUAUUAAGUACGUGAUUCGUUAUCAUGGAAUACCUCGUACUAUUGUUUCCGAUCGCGAUACUCGAUAUUUGUCACAUUUUUGGAAAUCACUACAACAAGCGUUGGGGACCACCCUUCUUCAUAGUACGUCCUUCCACCCAAUGACCGAUGGUCAGACGAAACGUGUCAAUCAAAUACUGGAGGACAUGUUGAGAGCGGUAGCAAAGGAAUGGCAAGGUCCUUAUGACAUUGUGGAGAAAGUAGGGAAGUUAGCCUAUCGGUUAGCGUUGCCUAAUGCUCUAGGUAAAGUGCACGACGUUUUUCACAUUUCUCAGUUGAAACGUUACGUCGUAGCCUCUUCUCAUGUAUUAGAUUCAGAGGCGUUAGAACUUGAUGAGAGCCUAACCUAUGAGGAACAGCCUGUCCGGAUUUUGGAUAAGAAGGUCCGUAGUACUCGUCGGAACGAUAUCACCAUGGUUAUGGUAUUAUGGUCCAAUCACCGCUCACAAGAGGCAACCUAG